UGGCAGCUGGGCUGGUUAGCGUCGGGCAUACCGGGGUGCUCCGGGGUACGAUCAGGAAGUCGCGGCGGCUUGGAGAGGGAACCCCUUUAGCAACCGCAACCAUGUGGGUUCAGGUUCGCACCAUGGACGGGAAGGAGACUCACACCAUAGACUCCCUGUCCAGGCUCACCAAGGUCGAGGAACUACGGCGAAAGAUCCAAGACCUGUUUCACGUGGAGCCUGGCCUGCAGAGGCUCUUUUACCGGGGUAAACAGAUGGAGGACGGCCACACUCUCUUCGAUUAUGACGUGCGCCUGAAUGACACCAUCCAGCUGCUGGUGCGGCAGAGCCUGGUGCUGCCGUCCAGCUCCAAGGAGAGAGACUCCGAGCUGUCAGACACCGACUCUGGCUGCUGCCUGGGCCAGAGCGAGUCUGACAAAUCCUCCACCCACGGCGAGGCAGCGGGCGACAAGGAUGCCCUGGACGAGACGGACCUGGGGCUGUACAAGGUGAACGAGUACGUGGAUGCCCGGGACACUAGCAUGGGUGCGUGGUUUGAGGCGCAGGUGGUACAGGUGCUAAGGAAGGCUCCGGCCCAGGAGGAGCCCUGCAGCUCCGCGGCCACCCCGACCCUGGAGGAGCCCUGCAGCUCCGCGGCCAUCCCGACCCUGGAGGAGGACAUUGUGUACCGGGUGAAAUAUGACGACUACCCAGAGAACGGCGUGGUGACCAUGAACUCCAGGGAUGUCCGAGCGCGUGCCCGCACCAUCCUCCCGUGGCAGGAUCUGGAGGUGGGUCAGGUGGUCAUGCUCAACUACAACCCUGACCACCCCAAGGAGCGGGGCUUCUGGUACGACGCGGAGAUUGUCAGGAAGCGCGAGACCCGGACGGCACGCGAGCUCUAUGCCCACGUCAUGCUGGGGGACAACUCUCUCAACGACUGUCGGAUCGUGUUUGUGGAUGAAGUCUUCAAGAUUGAGCGCCCCGGCGAAGGAAGCCCCAUGGUGGAUAACCCUUUGCGACGUGAGUCCUCCAGCCAGCCCCCUGACCCUGGGCCUUCUGCUAUGGGGUCCCCCCCCAUCCUGGGUGGCAUGGCUGACCGAGCCCUCCUGUGCCCAGGGAAGAGCGGCCCGUCCUGCAAGUACUGCAAGGAUGACCCCAACAAGCUGUGCCGCGUGUGCGCCUGCCACCUCUGCGGGGGCCGCGAGGCGCCCGAGAAGCAGCUGCUGUGCGACGAGUGUGACAUGGCCUACCACCUGUACUGCCUGUGCCCGCCCCUCAGCAGCGUGCCCACCGAGGCCGAGUGGUACUGUCCCGAGUGCCGGAACGACGCCAGCGAGGUGGUGCUGGCAGGAGAGCGGCUGCGAGAGAGCAAGAAGAAGGCCAAGAUGGCGUCCGCAACCUCGUCCUCCCAGCGGGACUGGGGCAAGGGCAUGGCGUGUGUUGGCCGCACGAAGGAGUGCACCAUCGUCCCCUCCAACCACUAUGGACCCAUCCCCGGCAUCCCCGUGGGCACCAUGUGGCGGUUCCGUGUCCAGGUCAGCGAAUCCGGGGUCCACCGGCCUCAUGUGGCGGGGAUCCACGGCCGCAGUAACGACGGGGCAUACUCCUUGGUCCUGGCUGGCGGCUACGAGGACGAUGUGGACCAUGGGAAUUUUUUCACAUACACAGGGAGUGGAGGGCGAGACCUUUCUGGUAACAAGCGGACUGCAGAACAGUCAUGUGACCAGAAACUCACCAACACCAACAGGGCCUUGGCGCUCAACUGCUCGGCGCCCAUUGAUGAUGUAAAAGGGGCGGAGUCCAAGGACUGGCGGUCAGGGAAGCCUGUCCGGGUGGUCCGGAACAUGAAGGGUGGAAAGCAUAGCAAGUACGCCCCAGCUGAGGGAAAUCGCUAUGACGGCAUCUACAAGGUGGUGAAGUACUGGCCCGAGAAGGGCAAGUCUGGCUUCCUGGUGUGGCGGUACCUGCUGCGGAGGGAUGACAGUGAGCCUGGGCCCUGGACCAAGCAGGGAAAGGACCGAAUCAAGAAGCUGGGGCUCACCAUGCAGUACCCUGAAGGCUACUUGGAAGCCCUGGCCAACAAGGACAAGGAGAAGGAGAACAGGAGCACGGCCACAGGGCAGGGGACCCUCACGUCCCCCACGCAGAGCUUGUGGAAGCGGAAGUCCACAGGCCAGGCCAGCUCGGUGACCCGGAGCAGCAAGAAGACCAAGCUGGAGCCACACAGCCUCACAGCCCAGCAGACCAGCCUCAUCCGGGAGGACCAGAGCAAUGCCAAGCUGUGGGACGAGGUCCUCAAGUCGCUCAGCGAAGGGCCGGUGUUCCUGAGUAAAGUGGAGGAGGCCUUCCAGUGCAUCUGCUGCCAGGAGCUGGUGUUCCGGCCCGUCACCACCGUGUGUAAGCACAAUGUGUGCAAGGACUGCCUGGACAGGUCCUUCCGAGCCCAGGUGUUCAGCUGCCCGGCCUGCCGCUACGACCUGGGCCGCGGCUACGUCACAGAGGUGAACCAGCCACUGCAGAGUGUCCUCAACCAGCUCUUCCCUGGCUACGGUAGCGGCCGGUGAUGCCACCCCAUCUCCCGUCCUGGAACCCCAGCCCGGUCGCGGUUCUCUCUGGCCCUUGGUUUCCUCUUAGUGGGCUUAAUUUAAACAGGUAGUUCCCUACAAAGGCUUGUCUCCCUCCAGCGUGCGCCCCCUUCCCCCCCAUUUUUUGGUUGUUAUUGAAUCUAUACGUUUGGAGGAAUUCUCACAUUCUGGCUGAAAGGUGGACUUCACCGCAUUUUGCAUUUUUAAAUAAAUAAAAAUACAAAGCCUGCCACUGACCUGCAAGACAGAAAAGAAAACCCGAUGGUUUGAAGAUGGAAUUAGGAACUGCGGGCCCCCAAAAGCUCUACGUGACUCGAGCAAAUUCGCAGAAUCCGUUGCCUCUGACCCCCAGGAAAUGGUGUCCGGAUGCCGAGAACAGUCUUUGCAAGGCUUGUGGGUUCGGUCCCCCUGUGAAGUAAAAGCCACCGAGACAGCCCAGCUUCCAGUCACCAAGGUGUUUGGAGAAAUUGGGGCUCCAUGACCUGAAAGCCAUCUCUGUAGGAGCCCCAGACCUGCCUGGAAGGCCUCUGUCCCCAUUGGUAGAGCACUGGGGCCAAGCAGAAUCUACCUCAGCUGGACUCAUCUGUCAGGGGGCUGGGUGCCACUCCAGGGGACAGCGGGGCCCCCAGGAGUAAGCGCCAUGCAUCCAAGUGCCUUCCGCCUGCCCACCCUUUUCUAAAAAGACGGGUUCUUCUUAGCACUGAAUUGUUGAAAAAUGCCAAUCAGAUUUCAGAAAGUGGCCAUCCAGUUCUUCCCGACGCACUUGGGCAUGUUUUGGGGAUGGUUUGAGUUCUUGAUCAUUUAAAUUCACCUUUUCUUUGUAACUCAAUGAUUGAGAAGAUGAGGGAUUUGUUUUUUCUGUUUGAACAAGAACACUUUGAAAUGAAUUUUUUUUGUAGUUACUGUAUAUGUACCAAGAAAGAUGUAACUUAGGGUGUUUUUUUUUUGUUGUUUUGGUUUAUGUUUUUUGAAUGGUUUGUUCAUUUUUCUUAAUAUUACCAAAGUUUGCAGCUGAUACCUCAUUGGAACAAGAAUAUCUGAAAUUUCACAUAACUACAGACAAACCAGCGCAAUUCUGGGUUUAAAAGUGGUGUUGUUUUUGUUUUUUCUCCCCCCUUUGUUAGAUUGGUUAAUGCAUUAGGGAAGAAAUAAGAAAAUCCUGUGUAGCCUUUUUUCUGAAGUUCAAUAAUCUUUGUCCAGGUUUUAGCUUGAGAAUAAAUGUUUUUCACAGAUA